UGAUAAUAACAAUAGCGGUGCCAUUGCGACACUCAUCUGAGAUGUUUCCCGUAUGAGUCGAUGACUUCAAUUCCUUGUCGUCAUCUACAGCAGAUUCACGCAGACAUUCGUCGUGAUGGCUUCCAAAUCGAGCGCUAUACUGAGGCGCGCGCUGCUCUACGUACCUGCUUCGUCACCGCGGAUGCUGACAAAAUCUCUGAGUCUGUCCAGCGACAACGUGACCUACGACCUCGAGGAUUCCGUGACGCCAUCAGCGAAGCCGCAGGCGCGGACCGCGCUCCGCGAGCACCUGUCGGAUCUCCCGUCGCGACCCUCUACAAUCCGCGAGCUCGCAGUCCGUAUCAAUGCCGUUGAGACGCCCUUCGCUCUCGAGGACCUGACCGCCUUCGCAAAGCUGCCCCAACUCGACGCUAUCGUAAUACCAAAGGUGAACAGCGCAAGCGACUUGACCUUCGUCACAGACGCCCUCCGGCACCUCGCGCCCGGGCGGCACUCAUCCGCAGGCUCGAACCCCAUAAAACUAAUAGCCCUAAUUGAGUCGGCGCGCGCCGUGAUGGACCUCUCUUCUAUCUGCGCCGCGUCGCCGUACUUAUCAGGCCUGAUCUUUGCGGCCGAGGACUUCGCGCUGGACAUGUCGCUGACACGGACGCCAUCGCUUUCCGAGUUCUUGUAUGCGCGAUCUGCGAUAGCGACGGCGGCCCGCGCCGCCUCGUUGCCGAGCACCAUUGAUCUUGUGUGUACCUCGUACAAGGGCGAGGAAGGCCUCGCACGUCUAGAGGAGGAGUGUCGCAGCGGCAAGACUAUGGGAUUCAACGGCAAGCAGUGCAUUCACCCCUCGCAGGUUGACAUGGUACAGCGCCUGUUCGCGCCUAGUGAGAAGGAGGUCGAGUGGGCUGUGCGCGUCGUGAUUGCUGACGAGAAGGCUGCGAGAGCUGGUCGAGGUGCCUGGACUCUCGGCGGCGCUAUGAUUGACGCCCCGGUGGUAGGCAAAGCCACAGCCAUUGUCGCCAAGGCGCGGGGAUGCGAGGUAGAUGUCGAUAAUCUGAUGAACAAAUGGAAAGAUCAGGAGCCAGAGUAGCGCAAGACGGACAUCUUUUAAUAAUUUGAAAACAUCAAUGGAUAUAU